GAAAACUGAUUAGACAUAUAAGUGCUUGAGCGUUAUAAUCAGCUGUCUAAUGUAUGUGACUUGAAGUUUGGGGUGAGUUUUGAUGAGUGAAAAGUGAAGUGUUUUCAUUUGGAUUUUAAGCACGCUCAAGAAUUCGCCAGUCUACAAGUUCGAAUCAACUCAGUAAAAGGAGGCAGGCAAUCCAGUCCAGGUAACCCAGAGACCUCACACUGAGUGUGUGAUCUUGACUCCAAAACAAGCGACUACGCUCGAUCGUUAACUACCACAUAAAUAUCGAUAUUGAACUUGAACUUGACUCGCAAACUUGAAGAUGAAAGAGUUCAUAACGCUUUGGAAUAAAUUCGUGGGGAAAACAUACGAUGCCGUUAAUACUUCUCCAAAUGUCGCAAGUCACAAUAAAACAAAGGAACAUCUGCAGAAACGGCAUUUGAAAUCAUCCUGGAGCACUGCCACUAAAUAUAGAAGUUCCAUAGCAAUAGCAAUUUUGGGUAUUGCAGGAAUAUUGAUAGGAACAGCCAUCAAUAUUGUUGAUCCAUAUGAUAUCAUUUUCAGAUGGAAACUGAUAUUUGAGGAAGGAGGAGAAAUUUUUGAAUUAUGGAGGAAGCCACCUGUCGAACUGUAUCUGAAAGUUUACUUAUGGAACGUCACAAAUAAAGAAGAAUAUAUGAGUGGGGAACAUGAUAAGUUGAGAGUUCAGGAAGUGGGACCAUACGUGUACAGAGAACUGAUGGCCCAUGAAAAUGUUACUUUCAAUAAAAAUGGGACUUUAACUGCAGUACCGAAACAUCCUUUGGAAUGGGUAGAAGAAUUAUCAAUGGGGCGAAAAGAAGAUGAUCUUCUGAUUCUUCCCAACAUUGCGUUACUGAGCAUUGCUGAUGUUGUUUCUGAAUCUUCCUACUUUACAAAAAUGGGUCUCAACAUUGUUGUUCGGCAAACAGAAUCAGAGCCUCUUGUCCAAAUGACAGCAAAGGAGUUUAUGUUUGGUUACAGCAGCACACUGAUGACCUUGGGCAAUAGCUUCAUGCCAUCUUGGAUUUAUUUUGAGAAACUGGGAUUGAUUGACAGAAUGUAUGAUUUUGAGGGAGAUUAUGAAACAGUCUACAACGGUCAGAAAUUAGGCCUGAAAAAUAUAGGUUUGAUAGAGAAAUAUAGAGGCUCUACUAAAAUACCCCAGUGGGAUAGUCCAUGUGGAGACAUAAUGGGAGCAUCAGAUGGUACCAAAUUUCCAGGUUAUAUUGAACCUAAUGACACCCUUCUUUUCUUCAGAAAAAGCAUGUGCAGAGCCAAAUCAUUGGUAAAAGUGAAUGAAACAAUUUCAAACGGUCUCAAAGCGUAUGUCUACCACUUUGAUUCAGAAGCAGACGACAAUGGUUGGGUUCACGAAAGGAACAAGUGUUUCUGCAAGAGAGAAGGGAAAUGUUUGCCAAAAGGUUUACUUGACGUCCGCGAGUGCUACUAUGGCUUUCCAAUUGCUUUAAGUUAUCCCCACUUUCUCGAUGGUGACAAAGUAUUGACUGCCAAAGUGAAUGGCACUGAUCCUGAGAGAAAGAAACAUGAAUCAUACUUCAUCAUACAGCCUGAAUCAGGGCUUCCUAUUGAGCUGUCCGUGAGAUAUCAGAUCAACAUGGCCCUAGGCGACAUAAAAGCAAUAGCCAACUGUGAUAAAUUUGAUAAUAUGGUCUUGCCUUUAUUAUGGACAGACAUAAAAAUGGAUAAACUACCUGAUAACCUCAGUACGAGGUUUCGUUUGUACCUCAAUGUACUCCCUCUGAUGGAAGAAUAUUUAGUGUAUGCCCUCUUCAUUGGAGGCGCCAUUUUCAUCAUUGUUUCGAUAUACAAAAUUUUUCAACUCAGGCAUAGUGAUUUUUCUUUCGAAGACCCUUGGAUUGAAGACGAAAUAGUUCACAAUAUUGAUAGGAAAUUAAGUAGCUACAUUCCGGAGAAAAGAAGAAGUCUCGCAGAUAAGGAAAUAGAAGUAUAUAUAGAAAAUAUGAUACCUCUGAAAACAGAAAACCAGAAAUAUGUUUGAUACUUUCAUUUUAUUAGGAAAUAUUUGAGACGGUCUCUCUAGCAAAAGUUCCUACGUUUCAGUUUGGAUUACAAGAGUCAAUAGUGAUCAAUAUGGGUAUGAAUAUGGAAAAACUUGGCAUAUAGUUUCAAGCUUUUAUUUAUGUAGUGAUAAGUUAUAGAAUCUCAAAUAAUUCACUGAAUAUUAUCAAUUUAUUCAAACAUUGUUUAAUAUUUUAUGUUUUAUUAGAUUUAUCAAACUUUGAACAUGUAAGAAAUAGUUCAAAGUAGAAUGAAUCGUGCAAAAUUUAGCAAAUGUAGUUUUCAUCUCCACAAAUUAAUCAUUUGUCAAUUUUUUCAUUAAAUGGCAUUUUCAAUGGACAAUGAGCAAUUUUCAUUGCUCAUUGUUCGAUAAUAUCAUGAUUAUACGUUAGCUAAAAUAUAGGUUUAAGUGAAAAGAGAAACUUAUAGAGGUAAAAGAGUGUAAAAAUUCAGGGCCGGAUAUAACUGUGUCGAAGCUAUUUUCUGGCUACCUCAGCGUCUUUCAUAACGUCUACCGCAGUAGUAGACGAAUUUUCAGCCAUAAAACUGCCGAACAUGGACAUCAAACCCGGAAAAUAUUUUCGACACAGUAAUACAGGUAUUGUUUCUAAUAAAGACAUUAUGGAGUACAAAUUUUGAUCAGAACGAUUUCAGCCAGAAAAUAACUACUGAAAAAUUCUAGAGCAUGUCACACUCAUUUUUUUAAACAAAACCAUUAUAGAGAGGAGUCAAUUCCAAGAACAUUUUAUUUAUUGAUAAUAUUUUAUUUAUUCAAUGGUGCAUUUUUUUCUAUGAUUGUGUUAUAGAUAUUCAGAGAAAUUUGAAUUGCCCUAACAAAUUUCUCGAGUAUUUAUAAAUAUUAGCAUUGUGGUUGGUUGUUCCAUUUCAUUGUCAAAUUUAAACGCGUUUUAGCGUUAGGAAAGAAUCAUUGUGAUAUUUUUGGGGUAACAUUAUAAUAAUUAUAGACGAACCUGAUCACUGGUACAUUGCUUCCUAUAAUUAUUGUCUUUACAGGGUAGUUAUAGAGUAGUCACUAUUUGAGUGUUUGAAUAUAAAGAAAAAAGGCAUUAGUUAUGGUCUUUCAAAAAAUGUAGUUUUAUGAUUGAAAUAGAGAAAUGAACAAUAUUUUUAGGGGUUUCAAAGAAAUUGUGAUAUGAAUUAUCAAAAUGUAAAUAGUCUGAAGAUUUUGUAUCACAAUAUUCUCAAUGUUGAUUGUUUUUGGUCUCACCAGUACAAAGUGUUU